GUUAUCUCUAGCAUUCCUCGUUAUUCCAGAAGCAAUCAUGAAAGUUCACCUAUUACUUGCGGUGAUUGCGGUGUCCGUCACGCUAGGCCAGAGUUUGAAAUGUUAUUAUUCACUGGAAAGCAAAGGCCUGAGGACAGCUAGAACUGAAAUAUCUUGCGACACUGAAUGCGUAACAACCGUGGCCACAACGGACGAUGGAAUUCAGCUGCGCAUACGUGCAUGCCUUGACAUGUACGAACAAUUAACAGAGCCUGUGUUUCUGACUCAACUGUCACCGAGACAACAGGAGUUCAUAGAAACCCUAUCAUUUGGGAGAAUACGCAAGUGCAGCGAAGACCUCUGCAAUAAAGAUUAUUGAAUCCUUUCUCCAGUUACACCUUCGUCACCCGCGUCGUCGAUACCGUGCGAGUGAAAUUCCUUUUUUAGUAUAACUUCCGAAAAAAUUCUAUAAAUUCCGUAUAUUUAAUUCUAAAAAAGUUGUCAACUCUUCAUGCAGUUUUAUUUACCAAAGAAUUAGAUAAGAAUAUAAUAUGAGGUAUCAUGGAAAAUCCAAGGAAAACACAAACUAUCGGUUAAAGACAUGAAAUUAUCAUACAUCGCAUAAAAAAUAUUUAAUCAGACGCACUUGACUCAUUUUAAAAUCUAUGUAACCGAAUGUAACUGAUUUAAAUCGAAUAAAUCUCGUUACUUGAAAUUUUCUAGUCAAUACCAUUAUUUGUUGGUAGUUAAUCAACUUAAAUAUUAAAUAUUAUCUUAUUAAAAUCGUUCAAUUGUAUAAAAUAACAAAUCCAUUCAUUCCAAAUGAAAAAUUAUUACAUGCUUAUAAAUUCGUUCGCUUGACAUGAGCUCUCUGACCUUCUGCAAAUUCCGUGUAUUUAAUUCUAAAAAAGUUGUCAACUCUUGAAGCUGUUUCAUUUCCGAAGGAACUAGAUAAGAAAAUAAUACGAGCCAUCGUGGAAAAUCCAAGGAAAACUCAAACUAUCGGUUAAAGACAUGAAAUUAUCAUACAUCGCAUAAAAAAAUUUAAUCUGACGCACUCGACUCAUUCUAACCAGCUUAUCGAGCCGGAAGGUCCCGAUUCAGAUAGUGUUUUUCCGAGAGUGUAGUGAUGU